AUGCCGACGCUCGAUCGACGGCCCGGCCUGCAUCCGGAAUUCCGGACGGCGUCAGGGCGCGUGCCGUUCGACGCCGCGUUGAAUACCUCGCAGCUGAGUCGGAACGGCCAUGCGAAGGUAGCGCCCCCUGGGGGGCAGUAUGCUCAAGGCGGCAGAAAAUUAACGUGCCCCCGCGGGAAAUCUAGCGACGGCCUUAGAGCCUUCGGCCGCCCGUCCUCGCCCGCCCGGGACGUAUUUAAUAUCCUGCGCUCCCUUAGACGCCGACUUGUGCACCUGUCGGAUGUCGACAUUAAAUCGGAGAGCAUGGACAGCUUCGAAUCCGGGCCCCGGGGAGAAGCGGGCGCCGCCUGGCCAAUCGCUGGAUGGAGGAACGGAAUCCGCAACCUUUUUGCACGCGCCAUCGGCACCGGCGUCGGCGCCAACAACACCCGCGGCCCCCACCCACCCGCCAACGGAUUUAAAGUUGCAAACCACAUGUCCGAUUACAAACAACUUACGUCCACCGUAUACCGAUCUCGA